AUGGGGUCCUCUUCCGAUGCCACCGCGGCCGGCACAACUCCUAAGCAACCUCCACCAGAGAAGCCUGAAGCAAUCCGACUGCGGACCCAAGUCAUUUUCUCAUUCUGGGCUGUUAUCCUCUUCCUCGGCCUGCCAACAUGGUGGAAGACCACCUCGAUAUACAGAGCAGAGUUGCCUCUGCAGGAAAUGCUCAAGUGGGCAGAGGGUUCAAAUGCUCCUUCUGCCUAUCCAUUGCAUAUCUGGAUCAGCGCUCCUGAAUUUUCUUGUGCAGAAGCGCAGCUCAUUGUACACGAAACGCAGAAGAUUCUAGACGACCUGAAUGAAUAUCCCACUCUCCAUCAGCGUCUGCAUUUGGUUGACCCAUUGCCCGCUUCUCCUGGUAAAAAAGAGGGUACGACGAGUCAACGGUGUGGUGGUGACAUCAAAAACCAGGAUCUGGGGGAACCUGCCUUGAAGCUCCUUGUCGAGCCGUCUACAGCCUUCAAAUUUGACCUGGAUACUCCUACAACCACCGCAGUUGCUUAUAUUCCAUCCCAUUCUGUUACUGGUGCUACCAGAGAUCUUGCAACGGCACUGUAUCAAACUUUCCGUUUUGAACAAAUUGCUUCUGCGCUUCACACCGUGGCAUCCACAACUCAGAAUCAGAACGCUCAAGCAUUUCUCAAAUCACAGCCCUACGAUCUUGUCACGAGUAUCGAAAAGCAGAUCAAUCGCGCCUACAAGUCGUCCCCGGAGUUCCACCUGACCUUUUCACUAUUUACCGCAAGCGGUUUACCCUCCAGCUGGGACAUACAGGUGGCUUUACAUGAUCACAUCCACCCUCUCGUCCGUGCACUUUCCAAAACUGCAAACUUCGAGAUUACCACUCAGAUCCAGUUAUACUCUGCUUAUUCACCUGCUAUACACCCAGCUGUUGAUGCUGUCCGAAACGCCACUUUACUCCAGCAACAUGAUCUAACAGCCUUUGUCAAUGCUGCAGAGUGGCCUUUGGCUCCAUCAAUUGGGGAUGGCCCAACUAUUAAUUUCAUUCUAUAUGUCCCUUCUCGAGACCAGGUACCUCUAGGUAUUGCAGGACUCGACACGACAUCAUGGUUGAUUCCUCAAUGGGGAGGAAUACAGAUUUUGAACCCCGCGCUGGUUCCUCAUCCAGAUCACGGUGAUACGACUUUGCCGCAUCAUUUGAGCGGCAAUGUUCUUGAUAGGCCAUUUGAACUCUUUGCAGCACAACUGCUGUCUUUGCUAGGAAUCUCAAUGGUCGACGAUAUUGGGAGCACCUUACCUCUUCAUCUUCGUCUAGAUGCCUAUACGAGACUAUCCGCCCUGACUUUGUACCUGAGGGCGGCUUCAGGUUUGGGUUCUCUUUCACGCCUCGCUCAACAUCUCAGCAACAUCCCCAUUCCCAAAAAUGUCGCACAAUUGGUCGACGAUACUAUUGGCAAUCUCACUGCUUGUAGCCAUGCUUUUCUGGGCAGCCACUGGCAAGCAGCAUUGGGUCACGCGAAGUCGGCAUAUAUUGAUAGCGAGAAAGCAUUUUUCGACAAAUCCAUGGUCGGCCAAGUCUACUUCCCGGACGAGCAUAAAGUUGCUGUGUAUUUACCUUUCUUAGGUCCUAUUGGUUUCCCGCUUCUUGUCGGACUUAUAAAAGAAGUGAAACGCCUCGCGACACGACGAAGAGGUAUUGCCACCUAG